AUGUUCGGCCGGGCAGCUACUCGCUCUCGCGGCGUCUUGGCUCGUCUGCAGCCGACGCGGUCGUUUGCGAAGAAGGCGUCUCCGGCACAGACCGUGCUGCGUCCCAUCCACUUUGAACGCGACGAGGAGGACACUGUCCAGCGGCCAUUCCGUAUUGUCGGAGUGCGGGACGCAGAGGUGCAGGACUGGGAGUACCCGACGCGGGUGGAGGCAGAGGAGGCGAAGAAGAAGAACCGCGUGGUGCGGAAUCGCUUUGGCCAUCCCAACUUUAUUAGCCUCUGGGUGGACAAAUUGAACGAGGUGGAGGGAUACUUGAAGGCGCAAGAUGUGCCAUACUCUAGUGAAGGCAUUGUCCAAGGCCCUGAUGGGCAUGAGGUGCUCGUGAUCCCGCCGAGCGAUGACGGUAGCAGCGUCGAGUUUUUUAACUUGUGUGACAACCCGACGAUGGUGGAGCUCGUGCAAGCUCCUCUCGAUGUCAUCCAGGAGUUUGAAGAUGAUAACGAGGAGGACGUGUAA